AUGGCUCAAAAACUUAAUGAUAAUAAUGUAGAUUCUCAAGCAAUAAUGAGCGUUACUCUUCACCAUUCUAUGGCUGGACUUAAUCAUUAUAGAAAUCAAAAUAUAGAACAGCGUAUUAAAGUAGCAAAUAUUGCUUUUCCUACUAUUAAUCAGAUUUUACCACGACUAACAUUGAACGAAGAUUCUCAAAAUAAAACCAUGCCAAAUUCUGAUACAUUCUUGAAUUCUGAUACAUCUAAUUUACAAAAUUGCAUUACAAAUUCAGAGGAUCAAGAUAUAAUUGCUGAAGUUCCAAAAAUACUAUUUAAUGAAAUUACCAAUUCUGACAAUAUUAUAUCAACAAAGAAAUGGUCUAGUGAAUAUCAACUUGGUGACAAAAAAGCUGAA